GUUCCCCUCUACUCAAGGAGUGUGUGUGUGUGUGUGUGCAUCUAUCUGUGUGAGUGUGUGUGUCUUAUUGUGUGUCCAGAGAUUAUCCCAUUCAAGGCCUAUCAGAGAAAGAGCUGAAGGCCAUGUCGGCGGCUCCACUCCUGGUGGCCCUGCUCCAGGUGGCAGUGCUGCCCUCUGUCUUCGGCGGGGCGUACUACGGGCACAACGGUCACAGCGGGCAUCCUCAGCAGCACCUCCCCCAGCACCCACAGAUCCCCCAGAUACCCCAUAUGGGCAACAAGGACAAGGGCUACAUGCAUUACCAGCACUACAGGAAGGACCUGCCUCAAAUACCCCGCGGGAAGGAGAAGGGUCUCACCAUUCCCCAGGGAGAGGUAGGUAUCCCCCAGGGGGAACUGGGGCCUGCUGGACCUCCAGGACCCUCUGGGCCGCCUGGCCCAGCUGGACCCCCCGGUCCCCCCGGUAACGGACUCCCUGGGCCGGGAGGAAAUCCUGGACUCCCCGGACCUCCAGGACACGCCGGAGUCGGAAAACCCGGAAUGCCAGGGUUGCCAGGGAAACCGGGUGGACCCGGCCUGCCAGGGCCCCCUGGAGAUCAAGGUCUGAGCGGGGGAGAGGGGCCCGAGGGGCCAGUCGGUCCCUCAGGGCCUCCAGGACCCCCUGGGCUCCCCGGCAUGGGCAAACCUGGGGGUCAGGGCCUGCCCGGGGCCCCGGGGAUGAAAGGAGAGCCUGGACACAAGGGACUUCCAGGGCUCCCUGGCCUGCCAGGACCAAAGGGAGACAAAGGCAUCGGGAUGCCUGGGUUGCCUGGACACAAGGGGCCUGCAGGACCACCGGGGCGCCCAGGACAAGGUGGUCUGCCAGGAAUCGGAAAACCAGGAAUGCCUGGAAUGCCGGGGCCUCCAGGCGUGUCAGGAAAACCUGGACCUACCGGAGAGCCCGGACCCUCAGGGCCGCCUGGACAGGAGGGACCUCAGGGAAUGCCCGGACCAGAUGGAAUUGGAAAACCAGGACUGGACGGCGCUCCAGGGCAACCAGGCCCACAGGGUGGCAAAGGACAACCAGGUCUGCCAGGGUUGCCAGGAAAACCGGGACUGCCAGGAAUUGGCAAACCAGGAUACCCCGGACCAAAGGGAGAUAAGGGGGAGGGAGGCCAGCCAGGUGCCUUCGGGCCAAAGGGAGACAAAGGACCAGGAGGUGCGCCAGGACAACUAGGCCCGCCAGGACCAAACGGACCUCCUGGGCCGCCGGGUCGCAUGGGGCCCCCAGGGGGCAUAGGUGUACCUGGACAAAGAGGUGAAGGAGGACCUGUGGGACCGAAAGGUGAAAUUGGACCCCUCGGAGAACCAGGACCCACAGGGUUGCCAGGUGAAGCUGGAGCCCCAGGAGAGGGAGGCGAGCCUGGGCCAAGAGGGCCACCAGGGUCAGUGGGUCCCCAGGGCGAAGGAGGACAGAAGGGUCAGCAAGGACCUCCCGGUCAACCUGGUCUGCCCGGCCUGAAGGGUGAAGGAGGCGACCCUGGUCCAGAGGGCCCUCAAGGACCAAAGGGAAUUCCAGGAAUCACUGGUCCCGGUGGCCCGAUUGGACCUCCUGGACCUCCCGGACCUAAAGGAGAGGGAGGUCCACCGGGUCAACCUGGUCCUGCUGGAGAGGGGAACCCAGGUGUGGCAGGCCCAAUCGGACCUCCAGGAAAAACAGGACCUUCGGGCCCACCUGGCCAACCUGGUCGAACCGGACUCCCCGGCCCUCCCGGUCCACCUGGAGCCCCGGCGCCCGUACCGGACCUGGAGGCCGUGCUGCCCGAGAUGGGCCCGGCGCUGGACGGUGUGAAGACCUACAAGGGCAAGGGCAAGUACGGCGGAACACCCCAGGUCAUCGCCAGUGGGCUAGAGAUGCCCGCCUUCACCGCCACCCUGACCACUCCCUUCCCGCCCGUUGGCACGCCUGUGGUGUUCGACAAGAUCCUCUACAACGGCCGGCAGAACUACAACCCGCAGACGGGCGUGUUCACCUGUGACCUGCCCGGCAUCUACUACUUCAGCUACCACGUGCACUGCAAGGGCACCAACGUGUGGGUGGGGCUGUACCGCAAUGGGGAGCCCGUGAUGUACACCUACGACGAGUACAAGAAGGGCAUCCUAGAUCAGGCGUCCGGCAGUGCCGUGGUGCCCCUGCAGCCUGGCGACGCGGUCCACAUCGAGCUGCCCUCCGAUCAGGCGGCUGGCCUCUACGCCGGCCAGUACGUCCACUCCUCCUUCUCCGGAUUCCUGCUCUACCCGAUGAGAGAGAGAGAGAGAGAGAGAGAGAGAGAGGUGAAAGAGAGGGAGGGAGGGGAGAAGUACUAAAGAAGAGAAAGAAUAAGAAGGGCGAGAAAAGAGUGAAUAGAAAAAGAGAGAAAGAAGAAAGAGAGAAAAGAGAAAGGACUUCAUGUUUGUUUUUGAUGUCAUGCUGAGGCUCUGUGUAGCAGAAGAAAAGACUUGUGGGGCCUGUGAGGAAGAUCAUGGUGCAUGUUAGUGUGUGUGUGUGUGUGUGUUUGUGAGAGAGAGAAGGAGAGACAGACAGAGAGAGUGUGUAUGCGUGUAAUAAUGUAAAAGAUAAUGAGAGCAUGUUUAUAGAAGUAUGAGUGAAAAACAGUGAUCGCAGUGUGUGUGUGUGUGUGUGUGUGACAGAGAGGGAGAGAGAGCAAAUGUAUGUGCAUGUGAAUUUGUAUGUGUAUUUGUGUGUGUGUGUACAGUAUGUGUGUGUGUGUCUGUCUGUCUGUCUGUACACUAAUGGUACAUUUAUGUAUUGCUAUAAUAAUCUUACUGGGUACACCUGACUGUAUUGCGUGUACCAAGUGUAGUGCUGUUUUGACAUGAAUUGUAUUGCUAUGAUCUCAGUACAGGGCUCCGAGAGUGCAAGCUAUGGAACAAACCUACAUUCAUUUGGAUUUACUCAAAUGAUUCUUUUGAUAUGAAAUUGUCAAACCCAUGUGUAACAACCCCUAAAUCAGUGACUGAUGUAGUCCCCUUUCUGAGACAAAAGCAGCUUUCAGAGAUUGAUUAAUUUCCUGUCGUACCAGACUGGCAGCUGCCAUCACACUGAGGCAACGAAUGUAACUCCUGAAAUAAUGACUAAUGUGAUUAUUCUAAAAAAUUAAUCUUAGUUUGGUUGGCGACAGGUGUGGGUAACUCGGCUUCAGAAAUACAAAGUCCAACCGCAUAUGUGCCCCAGCCACUCAUUAAAACCGGCUGAUUCUAAGUAGCAAAACUGUACAGCCAGGUAUAUCAACUAAAAACAUAGGUAUAUCAACAUAAACACCUGUGUUAAGGUAUAUCAACAGAAAACACCUGUGUUACUGUGCACAGGUACUUUAUGAAGCCAGGGUUACCCACCUAUGGUUGACAAUGACCAGAAGCCCAACAUGAUAUAAAGUCAUCUUUUAUUGGACGUGAUGAUAUGAUUUGAAUACUUAUGUUGUUGUUUUUUUCAUGUAAUUAAACAUGUUAAUUGGUAAAACUCAGUUAAGUUUAGAGUGUGUGUUGAAGCAUGCCCGUACCAUUUGCAUUUGUGAAAAAAAGAAUUUGACAUAUAUAGCAGCUCACUGAGGAUUACAGCUGGGGCUUAUGUGACAUGGAUCUAGCUCACAUCUGGCAACAAAUCGUUCAGGAAGUCUGUCACACACAGUGUCCACACACCACACACGUACACACAGUGAUACAUAUUUACAGAGGGAACAUAUGCAGUUCUAAUAAUGUAGAUUUGUAUUAUGUCUCCCACAACCCGUCAGACACCGAUCCCCACCCUCUGCCCUCAACUGACCCUGGUCUCAUUCACAUUCAGCAGGUCCAUGGCAGUCUAGGAACUGACAGGAGCCAAGUUGGAUCUGUCCCAGAAUCCAUUUGGCUGCUACAGUAUCUAUACUGAUCUAUACCAUGUGCUACCACAGACUCAUGAUUUCAUAACCAGUAGCACCAAUAUAGGGCAAACUCCAGGAUUCUAAGACCAGUAGAAGUAGAACAGGCCAAAGAGAGCCAGAAUCCAGUCCGGAACCCAGAUUCAGAACCCCGUCCAUUCUGUCGGUGUCCACUGAUCCAGCUAGUGCUUUCGCAGACCCUGGGGGUUAGGGCCAGUAGAACUUUUUCCUUUUUUCCCCCCUUUUCCUUCAAGUGGCCAACCCAUUGAAAAUGGUCUUCUGAUUUUAAAUGAAGUUAAUAUCUUUGGCUGGCUUUUGAGCAGUAGGUUUUGUGCCACCAGGCUAUGGUCUACAUAAGGGGUUUAUCUUUGGUGCUAAACAUAGUAAGAUAGCAUAUUUUAAAUUAUACGCUAUGUUUUACUUUCUUAAUGUUAUAAUU